UUUUGAGCAAAAAAAAAACGAGCAUGGACGUCGUGUGAAAAGACAUCGAUCAUUAUUUUCAAAAUAAUUUAUGUACCUCUAAUAUAAUUUAGUUAGGCUUGUUUAUCGUAAACAAUUAAGUUCCUAUUAUUUACUCGUGUAAAAAAAAAUAUGUGUUUUUAAUUUGUCUUUUCCUAUGUAUUCUAAAAACCGCUUGUCAGGUUAUAUUAAAAUUUCGCGACUGCAGUACAAAAUCGUAUUAUAAGUCGUCGAAAUUAUAGUGAAAGUGGGUUUAAUAUGGUAUGAAAAUGAAGUGCCAUUACGAAGUUUUGUGUGUGACGAGGGAAGCCAGUGCUUCGGAAAUAAAGAAAGCCUAUAGAAAACUCGCACUGCAGUGGCACCCUGAUAAAAAUUUAGAGAACUUGCAAGAAGCUAAAGAGCAUUUUCAACUAGUGCAAAAUGCAUAUGAAGUGCUAUCAGAUCCCCAAGAGAGAGCAUGGUAUGACAACCAUAGAGAGCAACUGCUGCGCGGGGCGGGCAGUUCCUACAAUGAUGACAGUCUUGAUGUUUAUCCCUACUUCACUCCGUCCUGCUACAAAGGGUUUGGUGACAAUCCACAAAGCUUCUAUGGAGUUUACUCUGAGGUAUUCUCCAAAUUGGCUUCUGAGGAAACAGAUUUCCUUGAUGACCCAGAAGAUGUUACCAAAAUACCCAAGUUUGGAAACUCCUCUACACCUUAUGAAGAAGUACAUGAAUUCUAUGCUUAUUGGAUGUCAUUUUCGACUAAUAAAAGUUACGUUUGGCUAGAUCAAUAUGAAAUAUCCCAAGGCGACAACCGUCGUAUUAUCAAGUUAAUGGAAAAAGAAAACAAUAAGAUAAGGCAGAAGGCGCGCAAGGAAAGAAACGAGGAGAUUAGGAGACUGGUGAGCUUCGUACGCAGGAAGGACAAGCGGGUCAUCGAGCACACCAAACAGCUGCAAGAGAAAGCUGAGGAAAAUAAAAAGAAGGCAGAACAUUUACGUAGAGAGAGGAUAAUUCAAAGGCAAAAAGAAAUAGAAGAGGCGAAGAAGAAAGAAGGGGAGUCAUCUUUCCUGCAAAGUGAGGAAUAUCAGAAGAAACUCAGUGAAAUUGAAUCUCUAUUGGCUGAGGAGUUUGGGAUAUCUUCGGAUGAUGACACCAUCAGUGAGGGCGGCAUGGAGAGCAGUAAUGAAGAGAGUUCCAAGACUGAGGAGGUGAGCGAGACAUCUAGAGCAACGAAAUCAUCGUCCAAAAAUAAAUCUGCAAUGAAAAACCUCUAUUGCUCCGCUUGCAAUAAACUGUUUAAAAAUGUGAAGUCAUUUGAAAAUCAUGAGAACAGUAGGAAACACAAGGAAAAUGUUGCCAACAUGACUUUAGAUGAUGAUAUUGAAAUAUCGGAGCCGGAAAACAAUGAUGCUGUACAAGAGAGUCCCAAUAAGAGUAAAGGGGAACAGGUGAAUGGACAAACAGAGGAAGAAUGUGGCAAUUCCACUUCAGAUAUUGAGGACAAUGAUAUAAGGGAGACUUUGAGUGAUGAUUCUGAUCAAAUACAGGCUUUACCCAAGAGUCACAAGAAAAAGAAAAAUAAGAAAAAAGCAUUUAUCCCCAUGCCCGAGAGUGAAGGGAAUGAUAGUCAUGAUGAGAUGAGUUUUAAUGAAAUCGAAGGACCGUCUCGGUGCAGAAAGGCCAAAAAAUUCAACAUGCUCAAGAGUCAAAUUCAGGCUAAGAAAGAAGCUGAUCUCAAAAAAGGAUCUCAAUCACAGACUUCUACAGAAAACCUGUACGAAGUAUCUAGUACAACACCUACGGAUGAUGCGUUAGGUGAUACAGCAUUCCCUAGAGACAGACCUGCUUUACCCAAAACUCAAAGAAAUGUCAAGGUAAAGAAGCUAGUCGAAAGGAAGCCGGUACGAACAAAAGCUAGUGAAACCGAAGACUCCAGUAGUGCAUUGAAUCUUAGAUGUGUUAUUUGCCUAUCGGAUUUCCCAUCAAAAAAUAAAUUGUUUGAACAUUUAAAAAAGACAGGCCAUUCGGUACCACUUCCCCAAACUAGCUUCACACAAAAGAAAGGUAAGAAAGGUAAUAGGUAAAAUGUGCAAUGAAAUUUUAGAUAGGAAGAGAAGUAUUAAUUUAUCCAUUAUGAGAAAUCAAAAUAUCACAUGAGAUCCUAACAAACUGUAAAGUGACUUUAUCAAUCUAUUUAUUAAAAUUAUGAAUUAUUAUCAUCACUCAAUAAAGUAUGCCUAAUGAAA